AUGAAACUCCACAGUUUCGUAUUUGCUUGCAUUUCAAGCAUUUUCAUCAUUUUAUCACUUGCAAACUUGCUAAAUCAUCCUAUUCGAUUGGAUAAUUGUAUUUCUACUUCAUCUGCAUUUGUAAAUGGUCAAAUUUAUCAAUUUUCCACCGAGUUUACCAAAAAUAUAUCCGAGAGUGUUUACUAUUCGAAUGACGAUACGAAUUAUAAGAGUUCUACCAUAAAUGCAAGCACUACCAUUAGUUAUGUUUCAUUGAGUUAUGAACACGGACAAGGAACAAUUUCUUGGAAGUUUCUAUUUGAUGAACAUGUCGAAAGUUUGCACGAAACGAACGAAACACUAAGUUUUUACUAUUUUAGAAUCAUCCAUAAUAACUUACUUUCCACAAAAUAUCAAAAUUCACUCUUUCUUCCUUCCAGAACUUCUCUCCUUCAAGAAUAUCCAAUUUCUGUCAUUCAAACAAAAAGUGGAAUGGAUUUGACAUAUGAAAAGAUGGUUUUUCAUAUAAAUGGAACGACAAGUAAGAAUGCAUUCAUGAAUUCUACCAAAUACUUGGAUAUUCCAGAGUUGUUUACAAAUUCCUAUGCAAUUCAAUGGUUUCUAGUCAAACUCGACCUUGCUGAUAUUAGAAACAAGAUUGAAAGUGGAAUGUUUAGUCAAGAAUUGGUGAAUGCUUUCAACGAUUUACAAGCACAAGUUCCUUCUAAGAAUCUAAACUACAACUUUACUACCAUUCAACAGCUGAAUCAAUCUGUGAGCAUAGAUACAGUGUUAACAAGCUCAUCCAUCAAUAAUAUUUGUGGAUCCACGUCACCUGUAGUUGCAUUUUCAUGGAAUUCAUGGAAAUUAUGGUUCGUACUAUGCAUGGUCAUCCUAAUGCUAGUCUGUCUGGUUGUUUCUCUUUGGAGACCUUACUUUAUUGUGGUUAUGACACUUGUCAUUUUUAAUCUGGCAGGUAUUGUCAGUGUUACAGAUGCCUUAAGUGGUUUUUCCAACACUGGUACUCUCAUCGUUGCUCUCCUCUUCCCAAUCGUCAAACCAUUAAGUGAAAAUACCCUAGUUUUGAAAUUUGCCAGACUUUUAUUUGGUUCCCCAUUGAAAUUCAAAAAUUCCAAAAACAAAUUUCUCAAUUUUAUUUCACUCAUACCACCAACUUUAAGAAUUUGUUUUGUUUUUACCAUUUUUAGUGCAUUUGUAUCGAAUACUCCAGUUGUGGCCACAGGAAUUCCUAUCAUUAUGGAAUGGGCAAGGACACACAAACUUUCACAUACCAAAUUUCUCAUGUCACUUUUAUUCGCAACAAAUGGAGGUGGAUUGUUGACAUAUAUUGGAACUUCAGCAAGUAUUGUUGCAAAUGGUAUCUAUACUCAAUAUGGUUACACUCCUUUAUCCUUUUAUGAGUUUGUUUAUGUUGGCGCCAUUUUAUGUUUCAUUACAAUUAUUUAUUGUUGCACUUAUACAUUGUGGAUUGUUCCUAAUGAAGGAGUGACUUCAAAGUUUAAUGCUUCAAAGGUUACUUUUGCUCAUAAAAGUAAAAAGGAACGUGCAAGAGAAGUUGUGAGAGAACAUUCGGAAACUUUCGUUACCAUUGUCAAGAUGGAAUAUUUGGCUUCUCAACCAAAGUAUUCGAAAGGUAAAACAUUAUUUGAAACUUUGAAUGGAAAGACCAAAGUCAAAGCCAUGUCAGAGUUGGGAAUAGGCAACUUGGAUUUGAUUGAAAUUUUGAGAGAAAAGAAAUCAACCAAUCAAGUUGAAUUGAGCAGUGUACAAUCUUCAAGUCAACCAACAACUUCAAGCGAACCAAAUGUAAUUUCCAAUGGAGAAUCUAUUGAAAUUAAGGUAGAAGAACCUAAGGAAAGUCCAGAGCAAUCCACAAACUCUUCAAAUAGCUCUACUUCUUCGAAUACAAUUAUUCCAGCAACAAACGAAACUGUUGCUGGGCUUGAAAAAAUUUCACCAGUUCCUUUAGAUCUAAAAUUGGAAAGUUCUGAUAUUUUGGUUUUCCAAGGAGCUCCUCAAUUAAUUUUACGUUUGCAUUCACUUGUGUAUGAUGGUUCUGAAAUUGAAAAAUCAACUUUUGAAAGUUCUGAAUCAGUCAACCAAAAAGAAGAACCUAAAAUGGCAACAGGUCAAAGCACUACUUCCUUUUUGAGUGUUGAAUCUCCAAUGGAAGAAGGAAGAAUUUCACAGAGCAGUUGCGUGGCUUCUUCAACAUCUCAAGACCAUUUAAUUGAUUCACCAACAACAUCACCACAAGCUGAAAAUCCAGUCACUAAUCAAUUACAUCAUAAUAUCAAGAAGAAUUAUGGAGAUGCAGCUCUCUCCAAUGAAAAAUCUAAAACUAAUCAAUCUGAAAUUCAAGAAAAUGAACCUGAAUUCUUCCAGGUUGUUAUUGGAGCUUCAAAUCCAUGUUUAGGAGAAACUUAUUUGGAAUUCGAAAGAAGAUAUCAAGUCAAAGUAUUAGCCAUCAGACAAGUUGGUUCCUCCUCAAUUGAUACUAAAGAAACCAACGAUAAGGAUUCACACGUCAAUUGCAAAACAGUAUAUUGUGGUGAUACUAUUCUAAUUUUGGGUAAAAGUGUUUUCUACCAUAAUAAUCAUGACAAUUCAAAGGAUUUCUAUCUCAUUACAAGAUUUAACGAAAUCUCACCAGAUUACAACCAAUUCAAACAAAAACCAUUUCUAUUCAGAAUUCCCUUCACUAAAAUCAUUUUAGAUUUGUGGUGGUGGGAACAUUGGAUUUUCCCAUUCUUUUUAGCAAUGAUUGGAUGCGCCAUUGCUGGAUUUCCAAUGGUUCAAUGUACACUUGUGACAUUCUGUGCAGUCGUUGCAUUUGGAUUGAUAACACCAACGAGAGCAGUUGAUUGUGUGGAAUGGAGAUUAGUGACAUUGGUUGGAGCAUCUUUUGGAAUUGCGGCAGCAAUUACUCAAAGUGGAGUUGCUGAGGCAUUGACUGAGAUUUUGAGAUUGAUGAACAUGCCAACACUUUUAUUACCUGCUUGUAUUACUUUGAUAUCAUUAGUUACUUACCAAUCAACAUCAGUAUCUGUAUAUAAUCUGUAA